UUCCAUCAAUAUUAUAUAGUGUAUUAUACAUAUGUUCUAUGGUAUCCCUUUGAUUCAAUAUACAUUAUUUAGGUUUAAAAUAAAUUAAAACACGGGAUCAUGUUCCUUGGAACAUUUGUUUAAAGUUUUCCUCUUCAGCUUUUGACUUUUUUUUUUUUUUUAACGGUAUGAGACCAAAAUCGUGAUGAAAUGUAUCUCCAGGUUGUAGAAAAGCGCAGUGACAGUGGCAACUUUCUCCAGAACAGAAGGCCAGAGAGUAUUACAAGAUGGAAGUCUAAACAAUCACUUUUACAAGCAAAAGGUGCUAGAAAUGGCUCAUAAGAAAACGAAUUCUGAAAUAUCUUCUUUAGUUAUUUGAAGUACAUGUGUGUAUGUAUUUGUAUACAUUCUAUUUUUUAAUUAUUAUUACUUUUUCUCCAUGUAUGUAUAUAUAAAUUUAAAAAACCCAACACUGUACAUCAUGGAAACUAUAGAGGAUUUUAAAAGCACAUAUAUUUUGGGGGAGGGGUAUGGGGGACGGUGGCAUUUUUGUUUCAUUGGCUAAAAUAAUAUUCUUGAUUAAAUGCAUUUGUCUGCAACAGCUAGUGACAUUCGUAAUGUCCUCAUCCAAAGGAGAGGCUUUUAUUACUUUCUGUAGGAAUCGAUGAGCUUUCCCUAAUCUCAAAACUAUUGCUACUAGCAACAUGUGUUUUGGUUUUGAACAGUUACUUCACUGCCUUGAUAUAUUAAUAGAUUAGUUGAACACUUCUGCUAAUGGACAGGAGGACGAGUAUAGUCAUUUCCCAGAUCAUAUUUUCGGUAUCAAGUCUCCUACUUUUGAGAAAAGUAACAGUUUGCUUCAGGUAGCAUCCUCUUUCAUUACAAGGAACUUUUGAAAACAAUGGUAUGCUAUGGUAUAUACUUAAUGCCAAUUUAUUGAUAGGUAUUUUAUUCCUAAUAACAUAGUGGAGUGUCUUUCCCCUCUUUUAUAUUUAUUACUAUUUUCAACAUGAAGAGGAAAUACAAGUUAUUGAUUGCAGCAGUAAAUAAUUUCAUGAUUUUCUAAGAGAUGUAUAAAUUUCACCUGAUUUCCUAUCAGUAGUUUGAAAUCCAAGACUUCUUUCAUAAAUGUGUGUUUACACUAGAGAAGUAGCAGUGGUUGAUGCAAGAUCACUAGUUGUGGAGUGAGAAGACCUGGGGAGAGUCCUGCAGCUCACCAUUUUUUAAUCUCUCCAUUCUAGAAUUGUGAUAACCACAUGAGUUCAUUUAUGUAUGGAGAAGUGUUUCUAUUAUAGUACAUUGCCUAGAUUUGUCAGUUAUCAAUAGAUCUAUUUUUAUAUCUGACUAUAGAAAUGUUAGCAAAGUAGAUAUCUAUGAAAUAUUCUCAGGAAAAAAGAAUUUUAGGAAAUUUAAUCUGUCCAAGUAGAUGCAGAGCUAACGAUUCUACUGUGGGGUAGCUGUGUUCGAUAUCUACUGUAAACUCAAUUUUUAAGUGUAGUCAGAGUUAUUAAUCUUUCAUUUCAGGCCUUCUGGUUUGUUGUAAAUCAGAGAAAGGCUUUUCCAAUUCUGAGAUUCUGAAAACUUUUCUCACGAAUUCUUUUUUACUUUCAUGCCUUCAUUAUUUUCAGUUAAAGUUCUGAACUUUUGGGAACUUAUGCUUGUAUAAAAUUUGAGAUUUGGAGCCAACUUCAUUUUUUUCCAGUUGGAUAUUCACUUACUGUAAUCUUCCUUCCUUCCUUCCAUCUCUCUCUCUCUCUCUCUCUCUCUCUCUCUUUCUUUCUUUCUAUGUUUCUUUAUUCAUUAGAGAGAGAAAGAACGCAAGCAGGGGAGGGGCAGGGAGAGGGAGAGCAAGAAUCCUGAGCAGGCUCCUGACUGUCAGCACAGAGCCUGAUGUGGAGCUUGAACCCACAGAAUGUGAGAUCAUUCCCUGAGCCAAAAUCAAGAGUCAGACACUUAACCAACUGAGCCACCCUGGUGCCUCCUGUAACCUUUUCAUUGUUUAAACAUAGAUUAUACUUCAAUUUCAAAGAAAAGCAUGAUAAUGUCAUUUUAUUGAAUACUAUCUGAAAAUGUCCUUUGUUUUACUUAGCUUUCUGAUAGUCGUGAGAAAAUACAAGAUCUGUUGCAUGAAAAUCACAUGUUGCAGGAUGAAAUCGCCAUGCUAAGACUGGAAAGAGACACCAUAAAAAAUCAGAACCAGAGAAAGGAAACGAAAUAUUGUGAAGACAUUGAAAGUGUAAAGGAAAAGAAUGACAAUCUUCAAAAGGCCAUAAAACAGAAUGAGGAAACAUUAUCAAAAACAAUAUUUCAAUAUAGUGGACAGCUUAAUGUUCUGACUGCUGAGAUUACGAUGCUAAAGUCUAAACUGGAGAAUGAAAAACAAAAGAAAGAGAGCCUGGAAGCAGAAGUUGAAUCAUACCGUGCUAGACUGGCUACUGCUGUACACGAUCAUGAACAGAGUCAGACAUCAAGAAGAGACCUAGAACUUGCUUUCCAGAGAGCAGGAGAUGAAUGGUUUCACUUACAGGACCAGAUGAAUUUUGAUGUGUCUAAACUACAAGAUAACAAUGAAGUUCUUUCUCGGCAACUUUCUCAAGUUGAAAGUAAAUUCAAUGCCCUGGAAAUUGAGCUCCAUCACACAAAAGAUGCUCUCAGAGAAAAGACUUUAGUUUUAGAAUGUGUACAAAGGGACCUAAGCCAAACACAAUGCCAGAAGAUGGAAAUUGAACACAUGUAUCAGAAGGAACAAAGUAAAGUGAAUAACUACAUUGCAAAGCAGGAAUCCUUCGAGGAAAGGUUAUCUCAACUACAAAGUGAAAAUAUGUUGCUUAGACAGCAACUAGAUGCUGCUCACAACCAAGCUGACAGUGAAGAAAAGCUAGUGAUUAAUAUGCAAGACCAGUUUCAGAAUAUCCAAAAAUACCUUAAAGCUAAACGUGAAGAACAAGGUCUUAUGCUGGGAGAAAGAAAUAAAGAGUUAAUCGAUGAAUGUAAACAUUUAAAAGAAAGAAUGUAUCAGUAUAAAAAUGAGAAAGCAAAAUUAGAAGUAGUUGUGAGAGAACUUCAACAAGAACUGGCUGAUACUCUGAAGAAACCGUCUAUGUCAGACGCUUCCCCGGAGGUUAUGUCACAUCUUCGUCUGGAAGAUGGGACACGGGAUCUCAAGAAGAAAUUAGGUCGAAUCAGAAGUCAAUUGCAAGAAGAACAAGAUCGAUAUGCAGAGACCAUAAGAUAUGCUGAGAAGAUGAAAGAUCAUAUGAAAAAGCUAGAAGUUCAAAAUGCCAGACAGGAAAAAACCAUCAAACAGCAAGUGGCCCAAAUUCAAGACCUUGAGAGCAACUUGUUAAAGACAAGUUUGCUGCUACCGAAUUUGAAAGAGGAUCCUGUAGAACUCCUUUAGUAUCUACUGAUGAUUCAAUUCUAAAUCAAGAUCCAGUAUGGAAAGCGUCACAAGAAUAUGUACAGAUUUUGAACAAAAAUUAUAUGAUUUGAAAAAUAAAUAGAAAAAAUUUACAGG